UCCUUUCCAGGGGGAUCUGGGACUCCGCACGUGCAGUCCGCAGGCUGGAUGCGUGGCUGCCGAGCCUCGAGAUCGGAGCCACCGGGAGCCUCUUGUUUUUUAAAGUUGCGCCCAGGGAGAUCGGCGUUAUCAUUCCAAAGACCGGAGUAACUUGGCCUUCCUUCGCCAUCCAGACAAGAAGACCCACUAACCACGCCUCGAUCCAGUAUGGAUGUCCCUCUGAAAUGAGCCAGGUGGCAGGGAAGGGCGUGGGAAGCCCCAGGCGCGGCGACCGGCCGGCCGCGGCUGGAAGACGGCGAGGUGGCGAAUAAACAGAGGGCGCCAGGCCCCGGGCUCGCGGAACUUGCCUCGGCCGUCUUCUUUCUGCACUCUGUUCCAUUUCGGCGAACAUGAGCGGCUGGGCAGGACUGGCCGGGCUCCUCCUGGCUGUGGCCGGAGCUCAGAAGCAGCUGCUGCAGCCGCCGAGGGCGCCACGGAGUAGCCUCCGUCCUGCCGCCGCUGAUCAUGCCGCUCAGUUCGACCACGUUUACGCGGGGACGGUAAACCGAGGCACGGAGCGGCUCUACUCUUUCAACUACACCAGUAAGCCGGGCCAGGUGGACGCGCUCCGUGUUACCGUGAAGAGCGACUGCGAAGAUGAUCAGUACCCUGCCUUGUUUGUAGUUCGGCAGCAAAAGGGGGUGCUGUCCUGGCAGCUCCCCCUCGUUUUUCAUGGGCUUUACCAAAGAAGUUACAACUACACAGAAGUUAGCCGUACACUCUGCCCAUCAGAGUCUGUACCUGAGAAUGGAUCUUCAGAGCAGAUCGUAUUUAUAAAUAUAGCCUCCAUGGCUCCCUAUGAUGCCCACUAUCUACUGCAAGUUACCAGGAUUAAAAACUUCCAACUUGGUAUGGACAGUGCUUUUAAGUUCACUGCCAGCCCUUCCCAACCACAGUACUUUUUGUACAAGUUCCCUCCUGAUGUGGAUUCUGUCACUGUCAGAGUGAUUUCUGAGACAAUCUAUCCCUGCUCUGUGGUCUCCAUCCAAGAUAUUGUGUGUCCAGUAUAUGAUUUGGACUAUAAUGUGGAAUUUAAUGGAGUUUACCAAUCCAUGACAAAGCAGGCAGCCCUCACUGUGCAGAAAAAGGACUUCCCAAGCAGACAGUUUUUUGUUGUAUUUGUCAUAAAACCAGAGGACUAUGCCUGUGGCGGUUCAAGGCCACCCUCCAUUCAAGGAAAGACUAACUACACAUGGAACCUCCAACGAAUGAAGCACCUUGAAGUGAUAGUGGUACCUUCAGUUAAAGGCCCUGUUUAUCUACAUGCCAUCCUUUUCAGUUUUCUGAGUUUCUUCUCCUUCUAUCUGGGUGCGCUGGUGGUUGGAUUUGUGCAGUACCUCAGGUUUCGCAGGAAAACUUCAAUUGGAGGACAAGGUCCUGAUGAUGGGCCUGGGACGAUGACUUCCUCUUAUCCUAUCACUGCUAGCACCCCUGAAGGAAGCAGCUAUGGAGCUAUAGAUGAGUCAAGCUCCAGUGGAGGUCAGGAAUUAUCAACUCUAGAUCGUAGGCCUCCUUGUGGCAGUGAUACAGAUAGCUCAGUGGAAGAGGAGAGUGAUUUUGACACUAUGCCUGAAAUUGAAAGCAACAAGAAUGUAAUCCGCACGAAGAUGUUCCUUUAUCUAUCUGACUUAUCCAGAAAGGAUCGGAGAAUUGUCAGCAAAAAGUAUAAAAUUUAUUUCUGGAACAUCAUCACAAUUGCUGUUUUCUAUGCCUUGCCUGUAAUCCAGUUGGUGAUCACAUACCAAACAGUGGUGAAUGUGACUGGAAAUCAGGACAUCUGCUAUUAUAACUUCCUUUGUGCUCAUCCACUGGGAGUCCUGAGUGCGUUCAACAACAUCCUCAGCAAUGUUGGUCACAUGCUGCUGGGUGUCCUUUUCCUGCUGAUCGUAUUGUACCGAGACAUUCUCCAUCGGCGCUCCUUGGAAUCGAAAAACAUCUGCACCAUGGAAUACGGGAUCCCGAAGCAUUUUGGCCUCUUCUAUGCGAUGGGCAUUGCUUUGAUGAUGGAAGGUGUCCUCAGUGCUUGCUACCAUGUCUGUCCCAACUACACUAAUUUCCAGUUUGAUACCUCUUUCAUGUAUAUGAUUGCAGGACUGUGUAUGCUAAAACUAUAUCAGACUCGCCACCCUGACAUCAAUGCCAGUGCUUACUCAGCCUAUGCAUCCUUUGCAGUGGUUAUUUGCCUUGCUGUACUUGGAGUGGUUUUUGGGAAAAAUGUGUGGUUUUGGGUCCUCUUCUCCAUCAUCCAUGUUGUGGCCUCUCUUGGUCUUAGCACCCAGAUUUACUACAUGGGUCGUUUUAAGAUAGACCUUGGGAUUUUUCGACGUAUGGUUAUAGUGUUGUACACAGAUUAUGUAAAGCAAUGCAGCCGACCCAUGUACAUUGACAGAAUGAUUCUGCUUGUUGUUGGGAACCUGGUUAAUUGGUCUUUUGCAAUUUUUGGACUGGUAUAUCGACCAAGAGAUUUUGCUUCUUACAUGUUGGGCAUUUUUAUCUGUAAUCUUCUGCUGUAUCUUGCCUUUUAUGUCAUCAUGAAGCUCCGCAGUUCAGAGAGGCUAUUGCCUUUCCCCCUCUUUUGUAUUGUGGCCACAGCUGUGGUUUGGGCUGCAGCUCUUUAUUUCUUUUUCCAGAACCUUAGCAGCUGGGAGGAAACUCCGGCACAAUCUCGUGAAAAAAACCGGCCAUGUAUCCUUCUGGGAUUCUUUGAUGACCAUGAUAUUUGGCACUUCCUCUCAGCUGCUGCCUUGUUCUUCUCAUUCUUGGGCCUGCUGACCCUGGAUGAUGACCUGGAUUCUGUGCCAAGAAACAAGAUACCUGUCUUUUGAGCUAUGGGCGAAGAACAGUGUUUGAUGCUUCACAGUGAAAUUUACUGUGUGGUGCAGUCAGAACAGAGCACCAAGUACACAUUGGAAAGAAGCUUCUUUUAAACAAUUCCUAUAUGGGAAAACUUGAACACUGCAAAAAUCCCAUUGUCCUCAACAUCAGCUGGAUCAGAUCUAUAGCAUAAUGCAUUAUGUUGAGACAAAUCAAGCUGGGGUGUUCACAGGCUCUCUUGAGGCAGUCUUCACUUGCUUGUAAUGGAUAAAGUUUAUUCCCAACAUUGUAGUUUCCCA